UUUUUAUUCUUAUUAUUUCCUUUUAGUAUUGCCUUUCCUGGGCAUAAGAGUUAUACAUCCAUUGGGUACUCCUGAUUAUCGCUGAUUUUUUUCACCAAAUCAUGAACCCUAUUUGGCUUCAAGAGAUUGAUGAGACCCAGCGUGUGAUCGAUCACUGGUACCAAAUGUCAUCAGCAAGCCUGCAAACGGCGUAUCAUUCCUUCAUGACGCAGAUCCGCCAACUAGAAGUCCACCUUUUAGGCGAGACCUCAAGACAAGGGGAUACCUUUGCCGAGAACCUUCUCACACCUAAUCAGGCUAUCUUUUCUGAUGAGUUUGCGCAUCAGAACAUGAUUUCACCAUCUGCCAGCCACGGCCCUGUUGAUUAUGAUACCUUAAUAGAUGAUGUCAAGGGUUCUAUACGGGCUAGUUCCGAUCAUGACGAAGAAACGUGCAAACAUCCAGACCAUGUACCACCCAAAGACUACAGCCUUUCCUGUCAGGUGUUGGUUCAGUUCAAGCGAAAGAGAACUGUGCAAUACUCGUGUUCCUACUACAUAGCCCCAGGGGAGUACGUGGUUGUAGGGGGUGACCGUGGAGAGGAUAUAGGCUUGGUAACUCAUUCAAGGACCGCCGACGGGGAUUCCUUAAACCAGACAGACCAUUCAUGGUCAAAGGGCGUCGGGGAGGUGCUUCGCGUGGCUACUCCAAUGGAGGUGGCGCAGCUGCAGAGUGUGCAGACGGAGUUGGAGGCACGGGCUGUUGAGUCUGCACAAGAAAAGGUCCAGGAGCAUGGAUUGAAUAUGCGGAUUGUGGAUGCUGAGUAUCAGUUUGAUCGUCGUAAGCUAACGUUUUUUUAUCAGGCACAACAGCGGCUUGACUUUCGUAAUUUAGUGAGGGACUUAUACAAGACUUUCCGGGCGCGUAUUUGGAUGGAGCCAGACUCACCUUCCUAA